AUGGAGGAAGAUGAGGAUGAGUUUGAAGAGAUAACGCAGGAAGAUUGUUGGACCGUCAUAUCCAGCUUUUUCGAGCAAAAAGGUCUCGUCAGACAGCAAUUGGACUCUUUUGAUGAGUUUGUACAAAAUACCAUGCAAGAGCUCGUGGAUGAGAAUGCGGAUCUUAUCCUCGACCAGGCCGAUCAACACACUGGUCAUGACACAGAUAUGACGCGACGCUACGAGAUCAAAUUUGGCCAGAUUUACCUGUCGCGACCGACUGUCACAGAAGCGGAUGGAUCCGUGGUCCCAGUGUUUCCUCAGGAGGCUCGUUUGCGGAACUUGACGUACUCAGCCCCAUUAUACAUUGAGAUGAAGAAGAGAGUCCUUCUCGGGCGCGAAGAUCCUGACGGAGCACCUGGAGAGAUUUUGUGGGAGGCAGAGCGACAUGAGGCACCUGAGGAUACCACGAAGGUCUGGAUUGGCAAGGUCCCUAUCAUGCUUCGUUCGACAUUCUGCAUACUUCGAGACUUGCAAGAUCAGGACUUGUACGACUUAAACGAGUGUCCGUAUGAUUCAGGAGGUUACUUCAUUAUCAAUGGCUCAGAGAAGGUCCUCAUCGCCCAGGAGCGUAUGGCGACCAACCACGUCUAUGUCUUUGCCAAAGCACAGCCAUCACCGAUAAAUUUCUUGGCCGAGAUUCGGAGUGCUGUAGAGAAAGGUGGCAAGACUAUCAGUCAAUUCCAGGUCAAAAUGUUCCACAGAAAUCAGGAGCGAUCGUUGGGUAAUGUCAUGAAAGCAACCAUCCCUUACAUUCGUGUCGACAUUCCCAUUUGGGUCGUUUUCCGCGCUCUCGGCGUUAUCUCUGACCGAGACAUCCUAGAGCACAUUUGCUAUGACAUGCAAGACGCCCAGAUGCUUGAAAUGCUCAAGCCAUGUAUCGAUGACGGUUUUGUCAUUCAAGACCGCGAGGUUGCUCUAGAUUUCAUUGGAAACCGUGGAACCACUACUGGUUUGUCGCGAGAGCGGCGUAUUCGCUACGCUCAGGAAAUCUUGCAAAAGGAGAUGCUUCCUCACGUCUCCAUGUCGGAGGGCUCAGAGUCAAAGAAGGCCUACUUCUUCGGAUACAUGAUCCACAGACUACUCCUCGCCGCCCUUGAACGGAGAGAGCUGGAUGACCGUGAUCAUUUCGGGAAGAAACGUCUUGAUUUGGCUGGUCCUUUACUCGCUGGUCUAUUCCGCAUGCUGUUCAAGAAAUUGACGAGGGAUGUUUACCGUUAUCUCCAGAAGUGUGUGGAGACGCACAAGGAGUUCAAUCUCUCGCUAGCUGUUAAGCACCAGACAAUCACCAAUGGUCUCAAAUAUUCACUUGCUACCGGCAACUGGGGCGACCAAAAGAAGGCAAUGUCGUCGAAGGCUGGUGUGUCUCAAGUGUUGAACAGGUACACUUACGCAUCUACUCUCUCCCACUUGCGUCGGACCAACACCCCUCUCGGUCGCGAGGGUAAGAUUGCUAAACCUCGUCAAUUACACAACACGCACUGGGGUAUGGUCUGUCCUGCCGAAACGCCAGAAGGCCAGGCUUGUGGCCUCGUCAAGAAUCUCGCCCUCAUGGCAUGUAUCUCCGUCGGUUCUUAUUCCGCACCCGUCAUCGAGUUCUUGGAGGAGUGGGGUCUUGAAUCACUGGAGGAGAAUGCGCACUCGUCGACGCCUUGUACGAAGGUCUUUGUCAAUGGUGUCUGGAUGGGUGUGCAUCGUGAUCCCGCGAAUCUCGUGAAGACGAUUAAGAAGCUUCGUAGGAAGGAUGAUAUCAGUCCUGAAGUUUCUGUUGUUCGCGACAUCCGUGAGCGGGAGCUGCGAUUAUACACAGACGCUGGUCGUGUCUGCCGACCGCUAUUCAUUGUCGAGAACCAGCAGCUUGCCCUUCAAAAGAAGCAUAUCAAAUGGUUGAACCAAGGUUAUCGCGACGAAGACGGGGAGGAAUUUAAGUGGGAGCAGCUAGUAAAGAAUGGAAUCAUCGAGUUGUUGGAUGCGGAGGAAGAAGAGACUGUCAUGAUCUGUAUGACUCCGGAGGACCUCGAGAACUCCAGAUUGCAGUCAGCAGGUAUCGAUCCGCACCAGAAUGAUGGCGAUUAUGACCCAGCUGCACGGCUGAAGGCAGGGAUCAGCGCGCAUACUUGGACUCACUGUGAGAUUCACCCAAGCAUGAUUCUGGGUGUCUGCGCGAGUAUCAUUCCUUUCCCUGACCACAACCAGUCUCCUCGUAAUACAUAUCAAUCCGCCAUGGGUAAACAAGCCAUGGGCAUUUACCUCACUAAUUUCUUGGUUCGCAUGGACACCAUGGCCAAUAUUUUGUAUUACCCGCAGAAGCCUCUCGCCACCACGCGCUCCAUGGAGUACCUGAAAUUCAGAGAGCUUCCUGCUGGACAAAACGCCAUCGUGGCCAUUCUUUGUUACAGUGGCUACAACCAAGAAGAUUCCGUCAUCAUGAAUCAGAGUUCUAUCGACCGAGGUCUCUUCCGGAGUAUAUACUACCGCAGUUACAUGGACCUGGAGAAGAAGAGUGGUGUACAGCAGCUGGAGGAGUUUGAGAAACCUACUCGUGAUACUACGUUGCGGAUGAAACACGGCACGUACGACAAAAUUGAGGACGAUGGUCUGAUUGCUCCCGGUACCGGUGUCUCUGGGGAAGAUAUUAUCAUUGGGAAAACUGCACCCAUUCCCCCUGACAGCGAGGAACUUGGACAACGUACUCGGACGCACACAAGACGAGAUGUCUCGACUCCAUUGAAGAGCACAGAAAAUGGUAUUGUUGAUCAAGUGUUGAUCACGACCAAUUCGGAGGGCCAGAAGUUCGUCAAAGUCCGUGUUCGGUCGACGCGUAUUCCCCAGAUUGGCGACAAGUUUGCAUCUCGUCACGGUCAGAAGGGAACUAUUGGUAUCACUUACCGACAGGAAGACAUGCCCUUCACCGCCGAGGGAAUUGUUCCUGAUAUUGUCAUUAAUCCUCAUGCCAUCCCCUCGCGUAUGACCAUCGGUCACUUGGUUGAGUGUCUGCUCUCCAAGGUGGCAACAUUGAUUGGUAACGAGGGUGACGCAACUCCCUUCACCGAUCUCACGGUCGAGUCCGUAUCAACCUUCCUGCGCCAGAAGGGCUACCAGUCCCGAGGUCUUGAGGUCAUGUAUCACGGCCACACAGGCAAGAAGCUCCAAGCGCAGGUUUAUCUCGGCCCCACAUACUACCAGCGUCUCAAACACAUGGUGGACGACAAGAUCCAUUCGCGCGCGAGAGGUCCCGUGCAGAUCUUGACGCGCCAGCCUGUGGAGGGUCGGAGUCGUGAUGGUGGUCUCCGUUUCGGAGAGAUGGAACGUGAUUGUAUGAUUUCGCAUGGUGUUGCUGGCUUCCUGAAAGAGCGCUUGUUUGAGGCUAGUGAUGCCUACCGUUUGCAUGUUUGCGACAUCUGCGGUCUCACUGCAAUCGCCAACCUUAAAAAGCAAAGCUUCGAGUGCCGUGCAUGCAAAAACAAGACGGCGUGUUCGCAGUUGUAUAUUCCUUAUGCUGCGAAACUAUUAUUCCAGGAAUUGCAAAGCAUGAACAUCGCAGCUCGUCUGUAUACCGUUUCCACUGGUCGUGUCAGGGAUGGAACGUAA